UCAGCUGCUGGGAGAGUGCCUACAUGGUUUGUGUGACAGCAGCAGCACACAGAAGCAGCACUGAAAUGCAAUGCACAGUUAGCAAUACAGCUGGGAGACAGGCAGCCAGGCAGGCACUGGUCCAGUGACUAAAAUGAUCGUGCCGUGAGCCAGCCUGCAGUGCCUCCAAAACUGGCUGACUGCUAUAGAGGAGCUCGGCUUUCUUUACAAUUACUCCAGUUUCCUCCCGGUGACUGCAGCGUGUGCUCCGUUUUGGUUUUGUUUGCCUUUUUGUUUCUCCCUCCCACCCAUCGGUCUCCCUCUCUCUCCUCCCGUGUCCUUCUCUCCAGGAUGGCGGAAGCAGAGUUGCACAAGGAAAGGCUCCAAGCCAUAGCAGAGAAAAGGAAAAGACAGACAGAAAUAGAAGGCAAGAGGCAACAGCUUGAAGACCAGAUACUUCAGCUGCAACAUUUCAAGUCAAAAGCUCUUCGGGAAAAAUGGCUGCUACAGGGAAUUCCUGCUGGCUCUGCAGAAGAGGAAGAGGCCAGAAGGAAGCAGUCAGAAGAGGAUGAGCUGAAGGUGAAAAAGCUGGAAGAAAACAUACACAGACUGGAACAUGAAAUACAGAAAUUAGAAAGUGAAGAAUCACAAAUAUCUGCCAAAGAACAAAUAAUUUUGGAGAAACUAAAAGAGACUGAGAAAGCCUUUGACAACUUGCAAAAGAGUUUCCCCCACCAGGAUGGUGAUGCAGUAAAUUACAUUUACUCCCAGAUCCCUGAACUCCCAACCCUCUAUUCACGAACAGCAGAGCCAAUUCCUGGGUGGGACGGAUCAAGCAGAGUAGCUGCUUUGUGCACCAUGGAAAUUAAUGUGGAGAAAGACAAACAGACAGGAGAGACCAAGAUUGUCUCUGCUUCACCUGUUGGCCCAGAUGAGGCCCAUCAAAGAGGAUUCAAAGUCUAUGAUGAUGGUUCCAAGGUAGUCUAUGAGGUUCACUCUGGUGGCACAGUGGUAGAAAACGGAGUACAUAAAUUAAGCUCAAAGGACGUAGAUGAACUUAUGCAAAAAGCUGGACAAUCAAGUGUAAAAGGAGGUUAUGAAACAAUGACUGUGUCAGACAAAAAUGUGGUAGCUGAUGGAAACCUUAGCCAUAUGAAGGAGCAAAUGCUCUUCAAGGAGGCAAAGCUGGAAAUGGUACACAAAUCCAGCAAAGGAUGUGCUGUGAACCCUCAGCCACAAGAAAAACCCUGUGGUGGUGAAAUCCCAGAGGCCAGUGCAGAUCAGCCAGUGACAAUGAUAUUUAUGGGCUACCAGAACAUUGAUGAUGAAGAAGAGACAAAGAAAGUGCUGGGCUACGAUGAGACCAUCAAGGCAGAGCUUGUGCUGAUCGAUGAAGAUGACGAGAAGUCACUGCGGGAGAAGACAGUGACAGAUGUUUCUACCAUGGAUGGGAAUGCUGCUGAGCUGGUCUCUGGCAGGCCCCUGUCGGACACGACAGAGCCCUCCUCUCCUGAGGGGAAGGAAGAGAGCCUGCCCUUGGAAGCUGCCCCAGGUGCGGGAGGACUGGCUAUGCUGCUGAGGGACCCAUCGGGACCAUGCUCCUGUGAAAGUUCUGAAGCCAAGAAGGGUGCAGGGAAAUCUUCCAGAAUCUCCGAGGAUGACAUCAGGUUAAAAAAAAACAGAGACCAAAACUGUGCCAAUUUCUUGGAGCCAGCUACUGUGCUUGCUACAAAGGAAGAGAAAAUGGAAAUUGAAGUUCCAGUUUCUGAACACAAAAGCAUCACCACAGUGGCUUCACCACAUCCCACAGACAAUCCAACCCACUUCUUUUCCCCUGCUUCCAGCCGAAAUGGACUUAGGGACAGGCAUGAAUCUCUGGACAGUGACGUUGCUAAAGAGAUCAGAUACCUAGAUGAAGUGCUGGAGGCAAAUUGUUGCGAUUCUGCUGCAGACAGUACAUUUAAUGGGACAUCCUCCCCCGAGCCAAGUGCAGUCUCCAUUAUGGAUGGUUCAGGAGCAUCUGCUAAUGUCAAUAAAGAGUCAGUAUCCAGUGAAAGGGAAGAAAAUGUAGCAGACAAGCAGGCAACCUUGGAGACCGAGCCAUGUGAAGCUAGUAUAACAGAUGAGAACCUGCAGUCUAAUGGCCAUUCCUUGGGUGGACUGAAAGAAGACACUAGGGAGAGUCUGAAGGUGCCAGGAAGUCCCACCUCUUCAAACAGUUCUAGAAGAUCCUCUAAGGAUGGAGAAGCAACUCUUACAACCCUUAAGAAAGAGGCAAAGUUUGAGCUGCGAGCCUUCCAUGAAGACAAAAAGCCCUCAAAGCUCUUUGAAGAUGAAGAAGAGAAGGAAAAAUACAGAGUCCGCAGAGUGAGACCAUCAGAAGAAAUGAUGGAACUUGAAAAAGAAAGAAGGGAGCUCAUUAAAAGCCAGGCUGUCAAGAAAAAUCCCAACAUUGCUGCCAAAUGGUGGAACCCCCCUCAGGAGAAGGCCCUGGAGGAUCAACUGGGUGAAGAGCAUCUGGAGUCUCACAAGAAGUACAAGGAGCGCAAGGAGAGGCAGCAGCAAGGUGCAACACCAACAUCCCCCAAACAGGUCAGCUGCUCCUUUGUAUCCCCAGAGCCAGUCAAUAUCAAGAAAGAAGAUAUUGUCACAGAGCAAAUUGACUUCUCAGCUGCCAGGAAGCAGUUCCAACUGAUGGAGCAUUCAGGUCCAUCACAGGGUCAGGCCCCUCCGAGGCGGUCAGGAACACCCAAAAUGUUCUCCAUCAAACCCUUCUACAAAAGCCUCAAUUCUCCGCAUGUGGACAGGCCGAUGCCUUCUGUGACGAGACCCAUUUCAGUGUGCGGGCAAACUGGACAGCUUGAGGGUAACAAUGCCACAGCUGUCAAAGCACAGAAAGUCUUCUGUAGCUCAGAAGGUGACAAAAGCGCUCAGGCUACCACAGCUGACACAACAAGGGAGUUACCUUGCAUUGAUAGCCCCAGAGCGGGACCAGCCUCAAAACUGUGGGCGGAGGAUGGAGAAUUCAUGAGUGCAAAGGCGGUCUUCACAAUGGUGAAGGAUGAUGGACAGGGAAUUCUAGAUCAUUUACCAAAGUCAGGCAGCACCUCUUCACCUCCAGAGGAGCUUGACUCUGGUUUGGAUGACUUGUCUGUCAGGUCUCAGGAUACCACCGUGUUGGAGACCCUUUCCAAUGACUUCAGCAUGGAUAACAUAAGUGACAGCGGUGCCUCCAAUGAGACCAUGAGUGCCCUGCAGGAGAGUUCUCUAGCAGAUUUCUCUCUGCCACAGACCCCGCAGGCUGAAACUCUGGCAGAGUGCAGGGCUGAAGGCAUCUCCAAGUCUUUCAGUGACCCAGGCUGUGAUUUACCUUCCUCUGCCUUGGCAGACUCCAUGCUGAUGGACGACCAGCUGGAGUACCACGCUGGCCUGCUGGUUCAAAAUGCCAUCCAACAAGCCAUAGCUGAGCAGGUGGAUAAAGGAAACCCUAGGGAAGAAGAAAUACCAGCAGAGAAAGAGGUCUCAGCCAAAGAGCAGCCAGCCAGCACUGGGCCAGCUCCACCCUCAGAGGAGCAUCAGAACCCAAUGUUUGAGCCACCCCAGGUGUCCUCACCAGUUCAAGAAAAAAGGGACACCAUACCAAAGACUUCAAAAGAGGAAGACUCAGGACUCAGGGAAGGGAAGAGUUUGCAUCAGUCACCGAUGUAUUCAGCCAGCCAGCCAUUCCUUGCGGAGGAAAACAGGCAUGAAGUCAGCUAUUUCAGCAAGUAUUCAGAGGCAGCAGAACUUCGUAGCACCGCCUCCAUCCUGGCCACACAGGAGCCUGAAGUGACCGUGGGCCCUUUCAAGUUACGGUCAAGAAAACAGCGGACUUUGUCAAUGAUAGAAGAAGAGAUCAGAGCUGCUCAGGAACGGGAAGAGGAGCUGAAGAGGCAGCGGCAGGGUCUGCAAAUGGCACCAAACCCUGUUACAAAGAGUGCACCACCCAUGCCCAUCAGAACCGUGUCUUACAAAACUGCACCAGGGAAGAUAGAGAAGAUCAAGCCUCCUCCAUCCCCCACCACAGAAGGCCCUGCUUCACAGUUGGACCCUCCACUGGAAGAUUCAGCAGGAGCCCAGCGACCCAAGAACCUGAUGCAGACCCUCAUGGAGGAUUAUGAAACACACAAAACCAAGAGACGAGAAAGGAUGGACGACAGCGCGUACACCUGUAAAUUACUGUCUAGCAAGGUUACUUCUGAGGUCCUCGAGGCAACCAGGGUGAACCGAAGGAAGAGUGCUCUGGCAUUGCGCUGGGAAGCUGGCAUUUAUGCCAACCGAGAGGAGGAUGAAUAACCACACUGCAGUGUGGAGACAGCAACCAGGCAUGCCGGAACCAAAAAACGAGAAAGGAAGAAAGAAAGAAAAAAAGAAGCAAACACAAAAACCCACCAUGAAAGCAGCAGCAUUUUAGUCCAAUAUUUAUUAAAUACACAACAAACUCGAUGCACAUAGACACAGAAAUGAUCCAGCUCCUGGCAAUCCUAAAACUACAGGAAAAACACACCUAGGAAACAGCCCCUUCUUCUUCCCUCCAUCUCCCCUCUGAAAUAAUGCAGUGGAGAGGGUGCAGGGGGGUGGGAGCCCUUGGGGGUGGGCAGAAGAGGGUGAUUGUGCCCACGGACCAGAUAGGCUGCAGGCAUGUGGCGGGAAGUCAUUUGUGGGAGAGUCUGCGGCCAGGGCUCACACUUGUAUUUCUCACUGACUGAAUUGCCAGCCCUGCUUGCCCCCAGGACCACAGUCGACCCAGCAGCUCCUGUGAGAACCUCCUGCAAUUCCUUCACCUCCCACGGUUGCUGUACCAAGACCAUCAGCAUUAAUUUGGCAUACUCUUACCCAGCCUCAAAACACAAAGAUACUGCCUUCUAUUCUAUUUCUUUGAAUAGACUGAAGGGUUGGGUUUGGGUUGGUUGGGUUUUUUUGGGGAGGGAGUGGGUUCUUGCUCCCCUUUCUAGUAAUUUAUCUGUUUAAAACAAGAAAAACCCAACAAACUGGGAGGCAGUUACUGCAAAUGUACAAUCCAGCAAACUCAGUCAAACAGCCCUUGUGUUGCAAACACAAGCCAUCACAAUUUAGGAGUGGAAUAGAUGGGGAUGAGAGCUAAGCCAAAUGGAUUACCUUAGCUUUAGGAUCCUAUAUGCUUGCAAUAUCACCUGAACUCCAGGUUCUCAGAGCAUAUUUACGCAACAAAGUUUCUAAGUAGAAAAUCUGUAUUUAGUGGAUGAUAACUAUUUUUUGAUGGUGGGGUGGGAAAGAAUGGCAUAUGUGUAAAAUCAGAAGAUGGAUAAUUUGAAGUAGAAAGGUAGUGGGAAAGGGAUACAAAUAAAGAACAUUUAAUUUUUAAAUGAGGCAAUAAAUGAACUAAGCCAGACUCUGGCCUAGAAAGAGGUAUGAAAUAAAGAAAGAUAGUUAUGUCUUCAACUAUAUUUAUACAACUUAAAAACCGUUUGAAGUAGAGUGCUUUGUGGAAGUGUUCACGUUUCCAGGCAACAAAAAAGCUAAAGGGCAUAAUGAGUUGGAAGGAAUGAGCAAGGAAGAGCAGACAAGGGAAGAAAAUAUUAUUUUAGCCGUUCAGCCAGUGUUUUCAGCGCUACAAGCAAACCAUAGAGCCUUUAGUUAUUGCUUAGGCUUGGGAUCAGCAGUGAAGGAUUAGUGUGGAUGUGUGGGGGAUGUGUGUGUGGGUGUGUGGGUGUGUGGGUGAGUGCAUGAGACUGGCAUACCAGAAAGUGUAUGGCGGUGCAUGCACUCAUUAUUUUCUCCACAGCUGUUUACCAGCUAUAGGGGUGAGUGCUAUUUUUUUUUUUUCUGAAAGGGGAUAUAAAAAUAAGGCACUGAGUUAAUGCAGUAUUUGUGAUAUUAAAAUUUGACCCAACAUGGUAUUUGCAUGAGUCACAAUUGCAAAGUAUUGACCAGUUUUGUAAGCUGAUGAUUAGGAAAAGAAAUGUGGUAUUUAUUCUUGUGCUUUGUAUUUAUAUGUAGUAUAGAGGCUGCAGGUUUACUCUUUCUUAUCACCAAGCAAUACAAUAGGAAUAUUUUCCAACUGGGAACCAUAAUUUCUGGACUAGAAACCAAAAAGUUUGGGAGGUGAUGGGAAAAAAAGACACGAAACAUUUUUUCUCUACAAAGUAUUAUUUUUUAUAAUUAAUCAUUAUUUCAACAUAUUUUUAAAAAAUCAUCAGCCAGGAUACUAUGUCCUCCCUAAGCCUUUCCUCAGUUUCAUGACCUGCUGUGCUGUUUUAUCCUGAAACAGUGAGUUCAUUUUAAAUGAGUACCGAUACUGUGAACAUACUUCUAGUGCUUUUCUUAAACAAACAGAGAGCUUGCAACCAAAUUAUUUACCACCACCACCCUUCAGUUCCUCCAGCAAGUGAUUUCUGUCCAUGCACACUUAAAAUUUUGAGGUUUAAUUUCAGGGAACUGUAGUAAAUACAGUUAUAUCUACUUAUUGACUCAGUUCUUUCCAUUUUCUGUGUAAGUGGUACUGAACUGAAGAAAACCAAGAGUUCACUGUGAUGAGGACAGUGAGCUUCUCUCAAGGAGAGGCAGCAUGGGGAGGCUCCAUGCCUUUGAAGGAAUUAUGUAUUUAAUGAGGUGGACCUGUUUUUCAGGCAUGGUAAUCAAGGGUGCAUCAAGGGUGAUUCAUGUCUCAAGGCAGGUAGUUACCAUACAGCUGUAGGAAAAGCACCAGCACCAGUGCAGCACUAGUGAGACCAUUUGUCACUGCAAAUGUGAGCUUUACACACCUGUGUCAAGAAGAUUCCUGGCCUUUGGGGAGAGCUUAAGAGAGAGUAGGAAAAAGGAGUUUUCUGAGAACAGGAGAUGGCCUCUGUGGUGUGGUGGUCUUGCCUUAAAUGGCACUCAUCAGAAUUUCCCCCAGUAUUUGCUCCUGAAAGCUAGGUCAGCCCUGAACUGCCUUCCCAGGAAUUUGCGUCUUUAUUUUCUUCAGUCUAGAGGCCUGUUUUUCUCUCCAGCUUUCUCACUGGAAGCCAGUAACUAAUCACCCAUCAUAAGACAUCUUUUCGUCCAUUGUUUUCUGUGUUAGAAGCAUUUGCUUUCAGCCCCUGCAACAAAAGUAUUUCAGGACAGACAAACUUUUCACCCUGCACAGUUUUUCUCUUCCAGAAAUUAUGGACACUUUUAGUCAGCAGCACAUUCAGUGCUAUGGUAACAAGAGUGAGAUGAUGCAGUUUCCUUGCCUCUGUUAUUUCAUUUGCAUGCUACCAAGCUUAGGUGUUUAUAAGUAUAUGGCAGUAAUACAUAUCUAUCUAUAUAUGACUAUAUCAAAUGCAACAAAAGAGCACUAUUGCAGAAUUACCUUCAUCUCCACAAAAGAAAUGCUCAGAUCCUUUCCCAUGGCAAAGACUGAUUUUAAUGAAACUGUGUAUUGAGAAAUAGUUAAGCAUUAGCAUUUGUGAUUAUAAUUGGUUUGGGGUUACAGUGCAGGUUUUCUGAACAAUUUGUUUUUAAAGCUGCCAAUUUGAGCUUCACCUUGCUCUGUACUGACAUUUCUGAGGGGAAAUAGAGAGGCAUUGACAUGUCUGGCAACCAAAAGGCAGCAUCUUUGUCAUGACUUAUCAACCAGUUUCAACAAUACCUGGCUUUCUGUAUGUUAACCACUUAAAUGUUAUCCUGCUUCUGUUUUAUAGUGACUGUGAGGCCUACAAUGCAAGUAUAUAAUUAUUUUCUCAUUAAAAUAGAAACCUGUGUUGUGUUUCUAUAAAA